AUGACCGUGACGUUGCCCUUUGGUAAAACUCGCUUUGGUAAAUUUUCACUGAUCAAGCAAAGAAAUCUAAAGAAAAUAGAACACCUAGCAAAAGAACAACUCACCAGAAUCAAACCCCAAAUUAAGUGGAUAAAGAACAUUAGCUCUACACCCAUCCCUGAGGAUAUCCUGGGAUUUUUGGCGCUUGGCCCCAAGUUCGGUGUUGACAUCCCCACUAGAGAAAUAAACGUUCAGAAGCUCCUGUCAGAUGUCGAGUAUACCAUCAAUCUGAAUGAAACAUUGUCAGAAGAUGAAAGGAACGUCAAACGUGCCCAAGCUACCAACAUCGUCACCAACCAUAUCAAACCCAAUAAGCAGCCAAAUAGUAUUUACCAAAGCGAGUUUUACCACUGCAGGAAGUUCCUGAGAGAUCACCCUGAACUUCUAAUUCUACGCUCUGACAAGGGCAACGUCACGGUCAUAAUGGAUAAGUCUCUUUACUCGGAACUGUCCAACAACCUACUACUCGACGAGAGAUACUAUAAACCCUUGUCCAGAGAUCCAACUACAACACUACAAACUAGAAGCAAUGCUCUUAUCAAGAAACUGGUAAACGAGGGGCAUAUCACUCAGGCACAAGGAAAAAUUAUGUACAAUUACAAAUCCAUAACUGCCAGAUUUUAUAGCCUACCAAAAGUUCACAAACCCACUCUCUCAAUGAGACCUAUCAUUUCGUCAAUUAACACUUCCACCUCCAAACUGUCAGCUUUCGUAUCUGAUAUUCUGUCCAAGUCUAUUUCAACCUCCCAUAGCGAAUACUACAUAGGUGAUUCUUUUGCCUUUGCAGAAUUUAUAGAUCAGAUCCAUCUGCCUGAUAAUUAUGUUCUUAUUAGUCUAGACGUAGUGUCCCUCUUCAGCAACAUUCCUGUAGAGCUGGCAUUAACGGCUAUUGAACACAGAUGGCACUCCAUAAGUGAACACUCGUCAAUCCCCAAAGACGACUUUCUUUCCAUCGUCAGCUUCUUAUUUAAUUCAAACUAUUUUAUCUUCGAAGGAAAAUUCUUCAGUCAAAUCCUAGGCUCUCCUAUGGGCUCAAAUGCCAGCUCACCCAUCGCAGAAUUGGUAAUGGAUUAUCUCUUGGACUGCAUCCUCCCUAGCAUCCCCUUUACAAUACCCUUCAUCAAGAAAUACGUGGAUGAUCUAUUUUGUUCAGUACCGAGGGAUAAAACUGCCUACAUUUUGGAAAGAUUCAACCAACUACACGAACACAUCAAGUUCACACUCGAGGAAGAGUUCGAAAUGGGUGUCCCGUUUUUGGACACGAGGGUCAACAGGAACACUGAGGGAGAUUUGCGGCUGGACUGGUACAGGAAACCAACCCAUUCAGGAAGGUACUUACAUUACUAUUUCAAUCACCCACACAGACAAAAAAUUAAUAUGAUUUUGAGCCUAAAGAGCCGCAUUCAAAGAAUAUCCCACCGAGCAUUCCAUCAAAAGAAUCUGAAAUUACUUUUCAAUUUGAUGUUAAAUAACGGCUACCCUAAGGGCCUACUGACAAGAUUGUUAUACAACUCCGCUCCCCCAGGACAGCCACUGGGUGGAGACGGCGCAUCCACCAAUAGAAGAGAAGUUAGUUCAACCAGAUACUCCACGAUUCCCCUAAUCAAAGACGUAACCAAUCCCCUCAUAAAAUUAUUAAAACACGACUCUGCCAAGAUAGUACCUAAGAAUAUUUUCAAGAUCGAUAGACUGUACAGCCACCUAAAAGACAAAAUUGAAGUCAAUAAAAUGAGUGGAGUGGUAUACCGUGUGCCCUGUUCAACGUGCGAAGAGGUCUACAUUGGCCAAACGUCGCAGACAGUAAAGAGACGAAUUACCCAGCACAUAAGCGACAUCAAGAACCCUGACAAAACCUGUGCAUUGGCGGAGCACGUCCGAAAAAAAGACCAUCGAAUGGACUACGGUGCCGUAGAAAUAUUAGAUUUCGAAAACAACACAAGAAAGAGAUGUUUCCUUGAAAUGUUCCACAUCAAGAGCCACAACAACUCUAUGAAUUAUAGAAGGGAUAUCGAGGGUAUAAGUAAUAUAUACUCGUAG